UGACACACAAGCAUGAGUUGUAUUCCGUCGUGUUAUCAACAACCUACCAGCUGAUACAAAGCUAUAUAAAGACACGAACCAAGCAGUUAAGCUUUGUAUUCACUCAGACAGCGAAGAGAAGGGAACGGAGUCAAAUGUUCAAAAACUGUGUGGAUGAUUAAUAAUUUCGGAGAUGAAGGGCAAGGAGGUCAGUAAAGUGUCUGAGUCGGAGGCUGAGACCGUCCAGGUUAUUAUCAAUGGCUCACCUUUUACAGUUGAUGCCAAUAUUUCUCCAACAACGAAACUGGUAGAUUUCCUGCGAACUACAGCAGGACUGACGGGCACAAAGGCACUCUGUCGAGAAGGAGGGUGUGGUGCCUGUACAGUGGUGGCUACAGUGCCAGAUCCAGAGAAUGAGGGGCUAUCGAAGAGCUUUAGCAUUCAGUCUUGUCAGCAGCUCGUGUACGCGUGUAACGGCUGGAGCAUAGAGACAGUGGAACACCUCGGGGAUCGUUACAAUGGUUACCACCCUAUACAGCAGUCUUUGGCAGGCUUCUACGGAACCCAGUGUGGUUAUUGUUCUCCGGGAAUGGUCAUGACUAUGUACGGGCAGCAAAAAUCGUCAGGAACUUUAACUGCAUCUCAGGUGGAGAAGUCCCUAGAUGGAAAUCUCUGCAGGUGUACUGGAUACCGUCCGAUUCUUGAGGCUUUUAAGGCGUUGGCUGAUGAUGGAGCUCAGACGCUCAAAGACAAGCUGGUUGAUAUUGAGGAUGCAUUUAAGACUACGUGCCCAAAGACUGGCAAAUGUUGCACAGGAAGUUGCAGCUCAAAAAAGACCGCUGCCAUUCCUGCUAAAGAGAGGGAGAUCACAGUGCAAGGAGUCAAGUGGUUUUAUCCAACAAGUCUUUUGAGCCUGUACAGCAUCUUGGACCAACUAACUGAGGGGGAGAAAGUGCGCAUUGUUGGUGGUAAUACAGGACAAGGUGUGUACAAAAAUGACGGCCCUUUUGAUGUAUACAUUGAUGCUCGCAAUGUGCCAGAAUUCCAUACAGUAGGGGAGAGCCCUGGGGAAUUCACUCUGGGGGCUCAUGUGAGCUUGAAGAGAGCAAUCGAGGUCUUUGAACAGGCCGCAGGAAACCCAGGAUUCCAACACCUACAGGAGCUCGCUAAACACUGGGGAGUCGUGGCCAAUGUUGCCGUGAGAAAUGCUGGCUCCAUUGCUGGAAACCUGAUGAUGAAGCACACCCAUCCAGAAUUCCCCUCGGACAUAUUCCUGACCCUUCUAGCAGCCGAUGCACAGCUUGCCAUCGGGAACUCCCAAGAUGCCUCAGUUGUUUAUGUCUCACUGGAGGAUUUUUUGCUGACGGACAUGCAGAAGAAAGUGGUCAUAGCUGUGAAAUUGCCGUCUCUGGCUGCCGACAUCCAGAUCAGAAGCUUCAAAAUCACUCCACGUGCUGUCAAUGCGCAUGCCUACGUUAAUGCAGCCUUUCGGUUCCAAGUUGACGAAAACGAUGGCUUUUUAGUCAAGUCAAAGCCUUUGGUGCUUUACGGCGGGAUUAAUCCAACUUUCAUUCAUGCAACUGGUACGGAGGAAUUCCUCAUUGGACGUCGGCUUACAGAGCAAGGCUUGAUGACAGAAGCUGCAGGGAUCCUGGCCACAGAGGUUCUCCCAGAUUCCUUACCUCAGGACUCCUCACCAGCGUACCGGCUGUCACUAACACAGAGUUUGCUCUAUAAGGCGGUCAUAAGCAUAGUGGGAAGCGAAGCAUCAUUGCAGAAUCAAAGUGCGGCUACUCUGAUUGAGCGGCCAGUCUCUUCCUCAAAGCAGACUUUUGACGAGAACCUGGAGAUGUGGCCUGUUGGGAAGCCAGUCCCCAAAGUUGAAAGCAUUAUGCAGGUGGCAGGAGAGGCUACCUUUACUAAUGAUCAACCUACACAGCCCCAUGAACUGCACGGUGUUUUCAUUCAGUCAUCUGUUGGUUCAGCUGAUAUUGUGUCCAUUGAUACAUCUGAGGCACUCAGCUUACCUGGAGUGGUGGCAGUAGUUACAGCUGCAGACAUACCAGGUGUUAAUGACUUUGCUGCAGAAGCUGGUACAGAGGCAGAGAAAGUUUUUGCAAGUGGUAAGGUCUCAUAUGCAGGACAGGGCCUUGGUUUAGUCAUCGCCGAGAGCUAUGAAGUCGCAAGUCAGGCUUCAGAGAUGGUCAAGGUCGAGUAUGCAAACGCUCAGAAGCCAAUCCUGACAAUAAAGGAUGCACUGGAAAGUGGAAAUAUACAACCAGACUACAAUCUCAUCACGGGGAAGAGGGAGCCCGUGAUAGUGGGUGAUGUUGAAGCUGGUUUCAGAGCAUCGCCACAUGUCAUCGAGGGAGAAUUCGACAUGGGUUUCCAGUUCCACUUCCCACUUGAGCCCAUGGCUGCCCUUGUAACGCCCAUUGAAGACGGAUAUGACGUUGUUGUUACAUCCAUUUGGCCAGCCGAGGUCCAGUCAUCGAUUGCACAGGUCCUUGGUAUUGAUGCUAAUAGCAUCAAUACAGCAGUGAGGCGCGUUGGAGGUUCGUUUGGGGGGAAGAUCAGCCGAGCCCACAUGGUUAGCACAGCUGCUGCUGUCGGGGCCUGGAAAACCCAUCGUCCUGUUAGGGUUGUGCUCGAUCUUAAGACAUUCAUCACUCUCAUUGGCGGACGAGAUCCCUUUUACUCCAAGUAUAAAGUUGGCUUUGAUGAUUUCGGCAAACUAGAGUCCGUUGACUUAGACAUUGUAUCUGAUUCGGGCUGUUCUGCCAAUGAAGCUUCUGCUGGUCUUGGUGCGGCUUUUGUUAACAAUGCGUAUUACUCUCCGAACUGGCUUCUCAAACCCUUCGUCGUAACAACCAACACGCCCUCAAACACAUACAUGAGGUCACCAGGUAUUUUCCAAGGCAUAGUGACAAUAGAGAGUAUAAUGGACCACAUUGCCCAUUACCUGGGAAGAGACCCGCUGCAGGUGAGGGAGGUCAACUUAGCUCCUGCAGGUGCUGAGCGACCAUCAGCUGACCCGAUUGUGAGAAACGUGUUUCAGGAGGACAUCCUUCCCUUGCUGAAGGAGAGCGCAGAGUAUGAACAGAGGCUGGCAGAGGUGGAUGCCUUUAAUCAGGCUAACAGAUGGCGCAAGAGGGGUAUCGCCAUCAUGCCCAUGUGCUUCAACCUUGGUUAUCCCGACUUCCGUUAUGGGGUGUUGGUUAACAUCUACAGCCAUGAUGGAACCGUGUCCAUUGCGCACGGUGGCAUCGAAAUGGGGCAGGGACUAAAUACAAAGGCUGUCCAAGUAGCGUCAUACAUUCUGGGAGUGCCAGUGGCCAAGAUAAAGGUCAAGGCAACCAGCACAACCACCAAUGCCAAUUCGUCCCACCAGGGUGCCACUGUUUGCUCGGAUAUUGUGCUCUUGGGUCUCAAGAAGGCCUGUGAAAACCUCCGGGCACGGCUGGAUUCUGCAAGAAAGAAGCUCAGUGAGGAAGGCAAAGGAGAUGUCAGUUGGGCUGAGCUGGUCAGGAUAUGCAAGAAUUCUGAUGUCGAUCUCAGUGAAAGAAUUUGGACUAAGAUGGCCGAGUACCCUAAUGCCUACGACAUCUGGGGAGGAUCUUGUGCAGAAGUAGAAGUUGAUGUUCUCACAGGACAGUACCUAAUACGCCGAGUGGACCUCAUAGAAGACUGUGGCAAAAGUCUGAGUCCCUACAUAGACAUCGGUCAAAUCGAGGGGGGUUUUGUCAUGGGGUUAGGCUUCUGCACUUCGGAGAAAGUUAAAUUCAACUCGGAGACGGGAGAAAAGUUGUCCAAUGGAACGUGGGAGUACAAACCCCCAUCAGCAUUAGACAUCCCAGUUGAUUUGCGGGUGACGAUCCUCCCCAACUCUUCCAACACAAGUGGGGUACUACGGGCUAAGGCUACGGGAGAACCACCUCUGAACCUGGCCUUUGCUGUGGUGAUGGCAUUGCGAAAGGCCAUCAGUGCUGCUCGUGCACACCGCUCAAGGGUGGAAUGGUAUAAGAUUGACACGCCCCUAACAGUGGAGCAGAUACAGCAGCUUUGUCUGGUGGACCCUCAAGACUUUUCUGUCUAGGUUGUGAUCUUUGCCGGGAAGUUACUCUCAUCAUGUGCACGUUACGGUGGAAAGACAAAGAAUGGCUGAGGGAAAUGAGGAAAAUCAGCUUCAGUAUUUGAUGAUUUUAAGAAUGGAAUAGGCAACAUGGAAUAGACACCUGAUUUUAGGUGUGGUGAUACUUGUAAAAUCUAAAAGAGAAACAAGGAAUUACUAUAGACUAGUGUUUAUUCUUAUUUACUGAUUUAGAAUGGUAUUUUGGUAACUCAGAAGUGAUUUGGAUACCUUAACUUUUCUAGAAUAAAUUAAAUGAUGUAGAAUUGUAUAAUAGUACAAAAAUAAUGAUGAUGAGAGAGGAAUGAUAUUAAAAAUUAUAAGAUAACAUUAGAUAGUUUAAAAAUAUUAUAUUGCAAAUAGUUAACUUGCUGGUUGAAAUUAAAGCUGAUUCUGCUAUUAAAUGGAAACAUGUGGACCAAGAAUGAUGCAUCUACAUAACAUAAAGAAAUAUUCAAUAAAAAUUAUUUUGUUGAUUAUUAAAAAAAACAAAAACAUAUGGUUUAUAGAAAUUUUAACUGAUAUUACAUUAAAAAUAUAUAUCCAUUGAUAAUUUGUUAUAUCUGCAAAAUAUGUAUGAUUUUAUAGAGGAAUAA